GGCGCCUGCGCGGCGCGUCCUCUCGGUUGCCUUCUGUGACGCCGGUUGCCUUAGCGACCGGAACUUCAAGCGGUUUCCCUUCCUCUCUUAACCGUUGCCCCCGGGGUUCUCUCGGGGCUGCCCCCCCUCCUUUCCUUGGGUUCGCGCAUGCUCGCUCUUGGUUGGCCCCCGAGCCCGGGCACCCGGUGUUCGUGAGGGAGCGAAGGCAGGGCAGGGGAGAUGAGAUGGCGGCCGAGGGGGAGGCGGAGGCUGAAGUGGAGUGGGUGGUAGACGGCAUCGCCGGCUUCCUCCGCAGCCCCGCCUGGUCCAUCCCCAUCCUGGAGUUCAUGGAGCAAAAGUGCGAGGUUUUUGAUGAUGAAGAAGAAAGCAAAUUGUCAUACACUGAGAUUCAUCAAGAAUAUAAAGCUUUGGUUGAAAGGCUCUUAGACAGUUACCUUAAAGAAGUUGAAAUUAAUGAAGACAAAUUCCAGGAAGCUUGUACGUCACUACUUGCCAAGACUCAUACCUCUCAGGCCAUUUUGCAGCCAGUAUUGGCAGCGGAAGAUUUUGGAUUGUUCAAAAAGAUGAUGGUCCAGAAAAACAUUGAAAUGCAGUUACAAGCUAUUAGAAUAAUUCAGGAGCAAAACGGUGUGUUACCUGACUGUUUGCAAGACGGGUUUGAUGCAUACACUGAAAUUGAAGAGGAAGAAAUGAAAAUAUUAAGGGAGGUUCUUAGAAAAUCUAAAGAAGAAUAUGAUAUAGAACAAGAAAAGAAAAGAACUCAAAGCCAAGAGUCACACGAUAAACAGACAUCAUCUGAAGGAGCCCGGAAAUCUCCCAGACAUUUACGUGAAAGCACUGACACUAAAGAAUAUGUGGAUCAGACUACAAAAACUUCAUCAGGUCCAGAGGCAAAACACAAGGGUCCAUCUACCCGAGAAUUGUGCUCUGUAAAAGCGAAGGAAAAUAGUUGCAAGGUGGUUGGAAAUUGUUCCAAAUAUGUAGCAAAACAACCCGGGAUUGAAGUACGAAAAUUAUCAGAACUUGGAGCACAAGAGCUCAGGGAGCGUGAAGACUAUCUAAAGCAGAAACGAGAUGCGUUGAUGGCCCUGAAAAAGGAGUCAAAAGCCAGUACGCUGCCACCACAAAAUACUACAGAACAGAAGGAAGAGCAGUUGCCUUCUAAAGAGGGAAUGACAGAAGAGGAAGAACAAAAGUUGUUAAAGAAGAGAAUCCUUGCAUCAAAACUAAAAGAAGAAGUCAUUAAUAAACGAUAGCUUAGAAACUGCUUUUAAGAAGAGCUGGGAAUAAGAAUUACUUUUAGUAUAUACAGUAUUUAACCAUGAACUGAAUUCUUUGCUUGCAAGCAAUCUUAUACAUUAAAUUGAUUUCAUAUAGUACAA